AUGGAAGCAAUCGUCGACUUCUUGAUCUGGGCUAGCCUUAUGCCGGGGCUGUUGUUUGCUACUUGGGGCGGAGUAUUCAAUGUGUGGCAGAGAGCCGUUGCUGGUUCGGGCAUGAUUAUGUGCGACUCGAGCCCCGACUUUUUCAGCAAGGUGUGCUCCCCGGAAUUGUACAGAAUUGGAGCGCUUGAGCUUGCGGGCAUCGUGUUUGCGGUGCCGGUUUUGAUGCUGCACGUCUUCCUCUUCACGCACGGCGUCAUCGAGAGAUGUGGGCGAUUUCGACUCUCCAAGCGCGCGCAAAUGAUCAAGGAUCUGGAAGAUAAUACGUAUACGUACAAUAACGGUCAUUCUCGAUAUCCUUGA